AGCUCCUAGUGAUAGCCCAAUAGAGUUAUACCUAUUAGAGAGAUAGAUUUUAGACUGAAACAUGGAGAGAAUACGCAGGAAAGAACGACGAAGGGCGAUUUUCAAACAGCUAUGGUUGACCCUUGCAGUUUCAAUGGCCUUUCUAGGAAUUGGCUUAGUUCGCGGUUAUUCCGCUUCGGCGCUACCGUCACUGAGAGAUUUGUCUCCUCAUUUAAUUCCUGAUAACGAGGCAUUAUCUUGGGCAGGUUCCGUUCCCCCUUUGGGUGCCCUGAUCGGUUCUCUUCUGUCAGCACCUCUAAUGCAAAAACUUGGUCUUCGGCGAACAUUGAUGAUUUCAUCACCACUUUGGGUUGGCAGUUGGGUUCUAAUUGCAUUAGCUACUGCGCCGUGGAUGUUAAUUGUUGGCAGAUUUCUAACCGGUUUAAUGGUCGGUGUCGUACUUCCGUGUGCCCAAAUUUACGUUAGCGAAUGCUGUUCCCCAGACAUUCGAGGAAUACUUGGAUCUCUUCCUUCACUAUUUAUGUCUGGGGGAAUACUCGUCUCAUACAUUUUAGGAACUUGGCUACCAUGGGACAAAUUAGCUUGGAGUUCUGCAAUUUGUGUCGGUUUAAUUAUUCUUGUGGUAAUACCUCUUCCGGAAUCCCCGGUGUGGCUUGCUGGUCAUGGAAAAACUGAAAAAGCUGAACUUUCGCGACAAUGGCUGCAUUUGGAAGAAAAGAAGAAUGACAUUUUGAUGAUAGAAACAAAUGGUAAAAACACCAAUGUUGAAGCUACGCCAGAAACCAAAACUGAAGAAAUCAAUAAGGAUAGUAAUGAUGAAAACGAGAAGGCUUUCUCAUGGAAAACUUUAACCAGUAGACCAGUCCUUUGCCCACUUGGUAUUGGUUUGGUAGUUUUAGCUUUGCAACAAUUCAGCGGUAUAGAUUCUGUGGUGUUUUACACUGUUGAUAUAUUCAGAUCAUCAGGUUCCUCUCUGGAUGGACACAUAGCAACAAUUCUCGUAGGUCUUGUGCAAUUAAUAUGCAAUGGUCUAUCAUUGUUGUUAAUCGAUAGAGCUGGAAGAAAACCUCUUUUGAUAGGUUCCGGAGCAGUGAUGUCCAUGGCUAUGGCAUCUAUGGGAGCUGCUUUCUAUUUGCAUGAACAAGGAAAUGAUUCAUUAGGGUUCCUACCCUUGGUGAGUUUGGUAGUAUUUAUGAUUGGAUUUUCAUUCGGAUAUGGUUGUAUACCAUUCCUGUUGAUUGGCGAGCUGUUCCCAGCAAAACAACGAGCUCUUCUAAGUUCAAUUGCAGGCUCGUUCAAUUUAGCAGCAAUGUUUUUAGUUAUUAAAACAUAUCACAUGUUACAAGAUAUUUUAACAUCAGCUGGAACAUUUUGGCUAUAUUCUAUCCUAUGCGCUUCAAGUAUUCUGUUUGUGAUAUUUUGCGUUCCUGAGACAAAAGGAAAGUCAUUGGAAGAAAUUGAAAGACGAUUCCAGAAAAAAACACCAGUACCUCAAAAUGAUUCUGAUUCAAAUCAUAAGGUCGCAGAAAAGAAUGAAAAAACCAAAUUGUAAUAAAAUUUUGAUUUUUUAGGCUAAAUAUUUUGUUUUUUUAGAAAAUAAUUACAAUAUAAACGCGUAGAUUAGGCUAUAAAUUUGCAAUGGUACUUAUAAUGAAA